CAAAUGUAUGUACAAUGAGUAUUGCAUAUAACAUGAAAAGGAAUUUCAGAAAAAAACAAAAAAAAAGUAUAGAAGUCAAAUACAACACAAAAAUGAGAGAAGAGAUUCUACUACAAUGGAGAAUGCUAGGGUUCAAGGGAGCAGCGCGGCUACCAGGGAAGACAGCUAUUCUAGACGAUGGCAACGACAUCACAGAUGGCAAGGACACCAACGACGGUUUGAAAGAUCUGGGUUUAUAUAAGUUGAGAGUUAGAGUUGCUGAAGACAGAGUGCAGCGAAUCUCUGGAAAUCAGAGGAAAACAGGAAAUUUUCCAGAAUUAAAAAGGGUAUCAGUAGGCAGUCAAAAGGAUAAAGGUAAUGCAGAUGGAGAGAUGAUACAGCAAUUUGGGUUGACGCAAGUAGUCAAUGAGGAGGUUGGUUCUUGUGAUAAACAAGUUACUAAGCAACAUGAUCAACCCGGAAAUGAGAUUAUUGAGUUUUCUCCGAAAAAGGAAGAGUGUCAGUGGCUUGAUGGAAGUAUGAUUGCAGUGGUAAGAUCGUUAGAACUGGUGAUAGGUAUUCAAGCCAGAAUGGACGUCGAUGGAGGGCUGAUAAUCUUAGCACCAUUAGGAGGAAGAAGGAUGCUGUUACUUGAAAGAACGACAGGUUAUUUAGAUGAGUAUAUGAGGCAAAACAAGGAGUUGUUUGAAACGUGGUUUGAGUCUAUAUGUCCAUGGGAAAUGGCACCUAAACAAAGUGGGAGAUUGGAAGAAUGGCGAUUAGAUCCAGAUUGGUGGCUGUCAACUGGAGAUAGGAGCAGUACGUCGGAAACUGAAUCGGAAUAUUCUUCAUCACAGAAUCGAGAUGAGGAUCUAGAAUUGAUCAAUACCGAAAUUAGUGGCGAAGAAGCCGAUAACAUUGAUGAGGCGUUGUCAACAGACGUAGGAAAUUUGAAUAUUCAGGGAAACCACAUUAUAGAGGGUGAUGGUAGUUAUGAGAUGGAGUACCAGAGGGGUGUUGUCAUGGGGGGAGAUAUUGGGUCUAAUAAGUUUGAUGUCAUUAGGCCCUUAGUGGACCGACAAGAAGGGCUUGGGGCUGAUGAUGGGUUAGAGAACAGUGGCUCACAUGAAUGGAUUAUGGGUAAGGAGGGAAAUGAACCCAAAGGCAUUAAUGCCAAGAAGAUUCAUUAUGGAUAACAGGAAGAACAAAGAAGCGCCAAGGAUGAAGGAAGAAGGCUCAACACACUACAGAGGAAAAAGCAAAGUGGGUCGGCAGCAGCUCACUUUCAAAUGGAUGUAUUGAGCAUCGAAAUCAGGUAAUUAAAAGGGAAUUGAAUUU